CUUUCCGCAAACUUCCCCUUCAUGACACUUCAAACUGAGUUACCAGAAGUAAAAAGGCAUUAUUCGACUUUCAAAGGAACCCAGAAGCAAAAUUAAUCACCUUAUUUGCCCCAGUUUGAGGAUUUAAUUUAACUUCUGGGCCCCACAGUGAAACUAGUUAUCGAGACCUCACACACUAUACCAAUACCCAAAUGUUUGCUCCCGUCUCCAGCACAUGCCGAGAACCAUGUUUGGUUCUUGAGUGGCACACAAGCUCCAGUCUCUUCGCCCUUAAACCCAGAUCACGCAGGAACCACCUACAGCUCUUCACACCCUUCCCAAUCGCCGUCCCGGAAGUUGCGUCACGGCGCUCGUGCGCCCUGUCCCCGGAUGCACUUUUACAUCCGGAUUCUUAGUGCGGACUCAGAGCUCCACGGUUCCCUGUUAGCACAUGCGCGACGGCUCCGCUCGCUCUUUCUCCACUUCCACCAGCCUUCACUGUCCGGGCAUCCUCCGCCGCCACCGCCGCCGAGAAGUCAGGAAGUUCAAGAUGGCCGCCGCGGACGCCCAGCCGCUGCGGGAGCAGCCAGAGGUGGAAGAUGCUGAUAAUUCUGAAAAGAGUGUAAAUGAAGAAAAUGGAGAAGUAUCAGAAGACCAGUCUCAAAAUAAGCACAGUCGUCACAAAAAAAAGAAGCAUAAGCAUAGAAGUAAACAUAAGAAACAUAAACAUUCCUCAGAAGAAGACAAGGAUAAAAAACAUAAACAUAAGCAUAAGCAUAAGAAACAUAAAAGAAAAGAAGUUAUUGAUGCUUCUGAUAAAGAAGGUAUGUCUCCAGCAAAAAGAACUAAACUUGAUGAUUUAGCUUUGCUGGAAGACUUGGAAAAACAGAGAGCCUUGAUUAAAGCUGAACUUGACAAUGAGUUAAUGGAAGGAAAGGUCCAAUCUGGGAUGGGGCUCAUAUUACAAGGUUAUGAGUCUGGCUCUGAAGAAGAGGGGGAGAUUCAUGAAAAGGCAAGAAAUGGAAAUAGGUCUAGUACUAGAUCUUCAAGUACAAAGGGGAAACUUGAACUUAUGGAGAAUAAAAAUAGUACAAAAAAGCGCAGUAAAAGCAGAUCCAAAGAACGGACUAGACACAGGUCUGAUAAAAAGAAAAGUAAGGGAGGUGUUGAAAUAGUGAAAGAGAAGACAACUAGAAGCAAGUCAAAGGAGAGGAAAAAGUCCAAAAGUCCAUCCAAAAGAAGUAAGUCUCAAGAUCAAACAAGAAAAUCAAAAUCUCCUACCCUGAGAAGACGAUCUCAAGAGAAAAUUGGGAAAGCCAGGUCUCCUACUGAUGAUAAGGUUAAAGUUGAAGAUAAAAGCAAGUCAAAAGAUAGAAAAAAAAGCCCAGUUAUAAAUGAAAGUAGAAGUCGUGAUAGAGGCAAAAAAUCCAGAUCCCCAAUUGACUUGAGAGGUAAAUCUAAAGACAGAAGGUCACGGUCCAAAGACAGAAAAUCAAAACGGUCUGAAACUGAUAAAGAAAAGAAGCCAAUUAAAUCUCCCUCUAAAGAUGCUUCCUCUGGGAAAGAAAAUAGGUCACCCAGUAGAAGACCUGGUCGUAGUCCUAAAAGAAGAAGUGUGUCUCCGAAACAACGUGAUAAAUCAAGAAGAAGUAGAUCUCCAUUUAUAAAUGACAGAAGGUCUAAGCAGAGCAAAUCACCUUCUCGGACUCUGUCUCCUGGUAGAAGAGCCAAGAGCCGAUCUUUGGAAAGAAAGCGAAGAGAACCAGAAAGAAGACGACUUUCUUCUCCAAGAACACGACCUCGAGAUGAUAUUCUCAGUAGACGCGAAAGAUCAAAAGAUGCCAGUCCAAUCAGCCGGUGGUCUCCAACCCGAAGAAGAGUGAGUAGAUCUCCCAUUAGGAGGAGAUCUCGUUCCCCACUCAGACGUAGCAGGUCUCCCAGAAGAAGAAGCAGGUCUCCUCGGAGAAGGGACAGAGGUCGGAGGAGCAGAUCACGCUUAAGAAGGCGGUCUCGAUCACGGGGUGGUCGUAGACGUAGGAGCAGAAGCAAAGUAAAGGAAGAUAAAUUUAAAGGAAGUCUUUCUGAAGGAAUGAAAGUUGAGCAAGAAUCUUCUUCUGAUGAUAACCUUGAAGACUUUGAUGUAGAGGAAGAGGAUGAAGAAGCCCUAAUAGAACAGAGAAGAAUACAAAGGCAGGCAAUUGUUCAGAAAUAUAAAUAUCUUGCUGAAGAUAGCAAUAUGUCUGUGCCGUCUGAACCAAGCAGCCCCCAGAGCAGUACUUGUACACGGUCACCUUCUCCAGAUGACAUUCUAGAAAGGGUAGCUGCUGAUGUUAAAGAGUAUGAACGGGAAAAUGUUGAUACAUUUGAGGCCUCAGUAAAAGCCAAGCAUAAUCUCAUGACAGUUGAACAGAAUAAUGGUUCAUCUCAGAAGAAGCUGUUGGCACCUGAUAUGUUUACAGAAUCUGAUGAUAUGUUUGCUGCAUAUUUUGAUAGUGCUCGUCUUCGAGCUGCUGGCAUUGGAAAAGAUUUCAAGGAAAAUCCCAACCUCAGGGAUAACUGGACUGAUGCAGAGGGCUAUUACCGUGUGAACAUAGGUGAAGUCCUCGACAAGCGUUACAAUGUAUAUGGCUACACUGGUCAAGGUGUGUUCAGUAAUGUUGUACGAGCCAGAGAUAAUGCACGAGCUAACCAAGAAGUAGCUGUGAAGAUCAUCAGAAACAAUGAGCUCAUGCAAAAAACUGGUUUAAAGGAGCUAGAAUUCUUGAAAAAACUUAACGAUGCUGAUCCUGAUGACAAAUUUCAUUGUUUGCGACUUUUCCGACACUUUUAUCACAAACAGCACCUUUGUCUUGUAUUUGAGCCUCUAAGUAUGAAUUUACGAGAGGUGUUAAAAAAAUAUGGUAAGGAUGUUGGUCUCCAUAUUAAAGCUGUCAGGUCCUAUAGUCAGCAGUUGUUCUUGGCAUUGAAACUCCUUAAAAGGUGCAAUAUCCUGCAUGCAGAUAUCAAGCCAGACAAUAUCCUGGUUAACGAAUCAAAAACUAUUUUAAAGCUCUGCGAUUUUGGUUCGGCUUCACAUGUUGCGGAUAAUGAUAUAACACCUUAUCUUGUCAGUAGAUUUUAUCGUGCUCCUGAGAUCAUUAUAGGUAAAAGUUAUGACUAUGGCAUAGAUAUGUGGUCAGUAGGUUGUACCUUAUAUGAACUCUAUACUGGAAAAAUUUUAUUUCCUGGCAAAACCAAUAACCAUAUGUUGAAGCUCGCCAUGGAUCUCAAAGGAAAGAUGCCAAAUAAGAGAAGCAGCAAUACUCUUGGGAGCAGAGCCUUACUGGUAACAGCACCAAAUAUGCUCGAGAGCUGGAAUGAGAAAGAUGAAGGUCAGAUGAUUCGGAAAGGUGUAUUCAAAGACCAACAUUUUGAUCAAAACCUCAACUUCAUGUAUAUAGAAGUUGAUAAAGUAACAGAGAGGGAGAAAGUUACUGUCAUGAGUACCAUUAAUCCAACUAAGGACCUGUUGGCUGACUUGAUUGGGUGCCAGCGACUUCCUGAAGACCAACGAAAAAAAGUGCACCAGCUAAAGGACUUGUUGGACCAGAUCCUAAUGUUGGACCCAGCUAAACGGAUUAGCAUCAACCAGGCCCUGCAGCAUGCCUUCAUCCAGGAAAAAAUUUAAACGAGAUGAAGAAGCGCCAAGGGUUUGAGUAAUUAAAUACAAAGACUGAAGAAAUUUCACAGCAGUUUAUUAAUGUAUAUAAACUUAUAAAUAUUUCUCCAGCAAAUUUGAGGAAGCAUGAUAUAUUUGAAUUAACACCAAGGGUGAUAAUUUCUUUUAGAAAUGUUAGUUAAUCUGUUUUGUGUCUUAUGUGAAAUUUCACUGUAGAACUGUUUUAAUUGCCAAGACUGCACAGAAUUACAGUGCUAAUGUAAAUGAUUGCAGUUCACAUAAAAGACAAAAGCAUCUGUUAUAAAGUAGUAAUGCUGGGUGGUUGAUUUAUUUUUAGCAAACUUGGCUUCAUUUUGGUCUUCAGAUAAAAUGGCCAGCAUAAAUGCUGUUUAUAUUCACAUUUUCCUAGGUGUGUGUGUGCAGGCCACAGCAGCAUGCCCUUGGUGUAGUCAGUGCCGAAAGGGGUCUGUUCCUUCUUGAGCCUGCCUGCAGGGAUGGUCUCCUCUUUUAAAGCAGGUUGUGUACAACAUUCAGUACACUGAAGGUAAGCUAAACCAUCAACAUCACUAGUGUUUUAAGAUGUUACUUUAUUGGAACAAUUGACAAAUGAGGGAUAUUAGCUUUGUGGCAGAAUUUCCUGCAUGUGUGAUAGCUGAUCUUGUAUUUUUUGGCAUUGCAACUGUGGCAUAGUUACAAUUUCUGUUCUGUUUAUCACAUUUAAAAUUUGAAGAGUAUGCGCUUGAUGGAUAGAGCGCCUUCAGUGUACUGUUUCUUAUUAACUUUGAUUUUUUUAAAUCAACUUGCUAUAGACUUUAUAUACAUUUUGUUAAAUACAGUUCUUAGUGACAGAAACAAUGCGUAGUUUUCAUUUACUAAUUAUAAAUGUUGAGGCCUAAUUCUGAAAGUCCUCAUAUUUAAAAGUUAGAUAGACAAACAUAAUGAAAUUUUUAACUAUUUGUAUGUCAUUUUGAAAGUGUACUGCUUUAUGGUAAAAGUGUUUUUCAUUUGUUCAUUGUUUUCAUUAUUUGUGAUCAUGUUGUCUUUCAAUACAGGCAUAAACCUUCCACUCUUGAACAAAGCAGCUGCUUUUUAAAAGCGGUAAUUGCUUCUUUACCUUUUAUUUCUUUUGUAAAUGAAGCUUUUCUUUAAGAAUGUGACUUUAAAGUGUUGUCUAUUGCAUAAAACAGUUGACACUCACUUAUUGUAAAGUAAAGAUUGUUCUGCUGCAUGUGAAGUGGACCAUGCAGAUUUCUGUAUGUUCUCAGUAUGCAUCACUAGGUAAUAAAGUCUUUUGUGAACAAGG